CCACCUGGGCCCCACAUUGUGCUAGCCUAAGCCAAUCAAGACCUUUCGUUCCUUCUCCGAUUUUCAAUUUCGAACCCAUCCACCUUGUCACGUUUCUGCCAAUUGCCACUUUCCCCUCUCUCUUCUCUGUCACGCAGUACAUAUUCAUCGCCACCAUUCUUGAAUCUUUCCCAUACCUCGGCAAAAAUCAAAAUCCCCCUGAGCCUAAACAAAACAAACAAGAUUUGCUGACAGACACAGUGGCGCGGAGAUUGUCCCAUCCCAAUUCAAAUUCACAAAAAAAUGCCAUCUCAGAUCCUUCCGACACCCAACUACCGUGCCUUAGAUUCGGCGGUUUCGAGUCCUCCAUCGAUGUUGCUCAGAGCCAAAGUAGACGAUAUGGACGAUGACCCUUCCGCGAGUCUCUUGCAGCACUCUCCCCCUUCCUUCCAAGAAAUGUCCCUCAACAAGCCUCCCCUGCCCAGGGCCUCCAGCUUCACCACCACCACCGCUACCACAACGCGCAGCAAAGGCUCCCACACUCGCCAUUGUUUCUAUCAGAAACGGCGCAGGCGUGCCGCCAGCCAAGAUUCCCUUCCCUCCGUCUCCGUUGACACUGCCUCCACCACCACCACCACCACAACCACCAGGUCUUCCUUCGGCCGUGAUGUUGCCUCCGAGACCUUUCUCUUGACUCGCCUCGGCUUCAAGAUGCUCCGGUAUCUCGGGGUAGGCUAUAAAUGGAUUACAAAGUUUCUUGCCCUUGGUUGUUAUGCAGUACUCCUUUUCCCAGGCUUUAUUCAAGUUGGAUAUUAUUAUUUCUUCUCCAAGCAGAUACGCAGAAGCAUAGUUUAUGGAGAUAAACCACGAAAUAGGCUUGACUUGUAUUUACCUAAAAAUAGCAAUGGUCCCAAACCAGUUGUUGCUUUUGUUACUGGCGGGGCCUGGAUUAUUGGUUACAAAGCAUGGGGUUCUCUUUUAGGUCAACAGUUAUCAGACAGAGAUAUCAUUGUGGCAUGCAUAGAUUACAGAAAUUUUCCCCAGGGAACCAUCAGUGAUAUGAUAGUUGAUGCUUCUCAAGGCAUCUCAUUUGUGUGCAACAAUAUUGCAGAAUAUGGAGGUGACCCUAACAGAAUUUACCUAAUGGGGCAGUCAGCUGGGGCACAUAUUGCUGCAUGUGCAAUUGUGGAGCAGGCAAUCAAAGAGGCAGGUGAAGGAGAAAGUACUUCUUGGAGUCUUUCCCAAAUUAAGACUUAUUUUGGUUUGUCUGGAGGGUAUAAUUUGUUUACCCUAAUAGAUCACUUUCAUAGUAGAGGUCUUUAUCGGUCCAUCUUUUUAAGCAUAAUGGAAGGGGAGGAAUCCCUGCAACGGUUUUCUCCAGAAGUAAUGAUUCAAGAUCCAAACAUUGGAAAUGCGAAUUCUCUAUUACCUCCUGUAGUUCUUUUUCAUGGAACUGGGGAUUAUUCCAUACCAUCAGAUGCCAGUAAAACAUUUGCUGAAGCUCUUAAAAGAGUUGGAGUCACAGCUGAAUCAAUUUUGUACGAAGGGAAGACACAUACAGAUGUGUUUCUACAGGAUCCUAUGAGAGGUGGCAAAGAUGAUAUGUUUGAAGAUUUAGUAGCAUAUAUCCACUCUGGUGAUGCUGAUGCCCGUGCCAGAGAUGCAACGGCUCCCCCAAGGAGACGCCUUGUACCUGAAUUCAUGUUAAAAUUGGCUCAUAGUGUCAGUCCAUUCUAACCUGCAAGCAGAAUGAACUAACAUGCAUAGUUGAUUUUAUUAUUUCACUCUGUACAUAACCAUUAUUAUAUCUUCCUAAAUUAAUUUUCAAUAUGAUAGGUUUGGCAGAUCCCAUUCCAUUAUUAGAUUUAACAUUUUACAUAGGUAGAAUCAAAUCUUUGGCUGUCAUUAAAACUUGGGUCUGCGAUUUGUAAUUGUUGAAUUUGGAUUAAACAUAACUCAACCGUAAAAGCUAGUUCACGGUGAAGAUUACUCAAACCUUUAUAAACUAUAAUUUGGUCAUAUCUAUAGUCAAUCUAAGAUUUCAAUACCUGCUGCUUCAUGUCCAGCAUUGGAGACCUGAAGCAUGGAGAUUAUAGGACUAAUUUGUUUUUUCUACAGAUUGCAUUGGAAAAGUUGUGGAUUAGGUAAAUAUUUUGAGCAGUUGAGGGUGGUCCAACAUCAAAUUUGUAUAACAUGAAGACCUUACAUGUUAUGGUUUUAUCAUUUGAUGAUUAGUUAUUAUGGAAUGUGUAAUAAGCUCCCUAUUAGUAUGAACACUAGUCUAUAUUAGGUUGUAUGUUAUAGCUUUAUAUGCUAAAAUGUUUGUGAAUCAUGCAUCUUAUGCUAGUAUAUGCAUUUCAGUUCUCAUAUUGAUAUCAUAGUAAAGAUCCAUGGCUGAGUUUAUUUGAGGAAUGAAUCAGUUCAAAAGAUGUUUUAAAAAUGUUAAAAGUUUUUAGUUCUUGAA